GUGUGAUUAGAUUUCACAUCUUUUCACGUGUAGAUGUGAGGAUGUACUAAAUUUUAAUUGACACUAAGCACAAAAGAAGCUUUUUAUACAAGGCAUAUAAGUUAAUUACAUGUUGGCAGUGAAGAAUUUUUAAUUAGUUGACCUAAAUGUAAGCUGGCUUACAAUUGGCCAGAUACUUUUCUAACCUAAUACUUCUGAUAUAACCUCCAAUAAGUUCAUCCCAACGUAAUAACUUAAUUUUUACAACAACCAUAAUAAAAACUGGAUUUUAUUUCAUUAUUGUUACUGUUUUUUUUUUCAGAUAAAACAAUGGAAGCUGUUAUUAAAGAAGGAGCUCUAAGGCUACUAAUUACUGAAUCCACUUGUGAUGUAAUUUUAAGUUGCAGCGAUCAUCGUCUAUUGGCACAUAAAUUCGUUCUAUCAGUCGCUAGUCCAGUAUUUAAGGAACUACUUCAGCAAUGCCCAUCAGACUCAACAUCUGUUAUUAUCCUGCCUGAUGUUAGUGGAUCAAUAAUGUCUACUAUUCUAGAUUACAUUUAUACCGGAAGGACGUUGAUUUGUAGCCAAGCUAUAGAUGACUUUCUGGCUGCAUCAAAAUUUUUGAAGAUAGCUAUUGAUAUGCAACACAUAAAAGACAUUUAUAAAUCCCUGGAUAUAAUUCAAAAGCCAGAUUAUAAUAAUGGAGAUAUUUUGAGAUUAGAUGUUAAAGAUAAUUUGAGCAAACCAGAUGACAGUCAAACUAAAGAUGCAAAAAAGUCAACAGAAAAUAACAGGAUCAUUCCCAAGUCUGAAGCCCAACAGACGAAACCGGAUAAGAAGCUUCCAGACCUUCUACCAAUUGAGAUUGGUAUGUUUAAAAGAAACGUUAAGAAGAUGUGCAAUGCUGUUAUGCCAAGCCCUUGGAGCCAGAGAAGAGAGAAGAAAAUAUUUGAAGAUCCGAGAAUUGUUAGUUUAAAACCACAAGAAAAUGAGAUUCAGAAGACUUACGAUGAAGAUCCAAAUAACAACAUGGAAAGUGAACCUACCAAAGAAAGUUCGAAACGACUGGAAAACAUCAUUCGCCACCUUCGUCUCAAUAGUUCAGAAGUAGCAAAGGAAAAAUCAAUACAAAACAACGACACAGAAACGGAAAUAAGAACUAGCCUAGCAGUAAAGAAACAUGAUCCUACAACAAAUAAAAAUGUUUGUCUAAAAGAUACUGCCUGUGAGAAAAGAGUAGAGUUGCCGAAAUUUACAAAUUUUCCAUUUUCAAGACAUUUGACUCAGCUAGUACCAUUUGGUGGAAAUUACUUGCCAGAUAACAUCGAAAAAAGUAGUUACUCAAGUGAAUCAUCAAUUGGCAAAGAAACCUCUAAAUGCAAUUCGAUAUGUAGUCUAGAUAUACCAAAAACAUAUUCAACUGUUACUCAGACUUGUGCACCACUUGAAUCAGUGGAAAUCUCAGAGAGUUUUGUAGACGCGCCCUCGAAUAUUCCCGAACGCAAAGUCUGCAGUGACAGAAUGCUGGAUUUUAAUGAAAAUUCUAAUAGCAAUCAGCAAAAUAACUCCAUCGAGAAUUCAACAAGUGAUUCAAGCAAUGACGACUCAAAAGGAGAAGAUAUAAAUAAUGUGAAAAAGAAACAGUUCAAGUGUGAACAAUGUGGAAAGUCGUUUAGUCAGCUGAGAAACUACAAAUAUCAUAGAUCUGUUCAUGAAGGAACCAAAGAAUUUUCCACGAAAUGUCCAGAGUGCGGCAAAACAUUUAACGACAAAGGAUAUUUGAGCAGCCACCUGAAAAUUCAUAGAGAUAGGAAAGAGUAUGAGUGUCCGCACUGUCCGAAGAGAUUUAACCAAAGAGUAGCCUACAAUAUGCACUUAAGAAUUCAUACAGGUUUAAAACCACACAAUUGUCCAACUUGUGGAAAAAGCUUUUCCAGAAAAAUGCUUCUGAAACAACACCAAAGAGUUCAUACAGGGGAGCGACCAUAUUCCUGCCCUGAAUGUGGAAAAACAUUUGCAGAUAGGUCAAAUAUGAGCUUACAUACUCGAUUGCAUACAGGUAACCAAGUCAUAUUUUACUUUUAAGUUUGUAACUGUUAUAGCGAAUAAUUAAUUAAGUUUUUAAGAAGCAUUUGACUUAAAAUUGGCCGUAUAACAAAAUAAUUUUAACAUUUAAAUAUGGAAGCUCGAUAUAAGGUCGACAGUUACACAAAUUUUUAUAUUUCUGUAUAAAACACCAAGCAGAGUAUCUGAAGAACUCAUGCCAAGCCAG